AUGUGCAUUUUGUGCUUUAGUCCUCCUACCUGUAGUUCAGCCAGGCUGAACCAGUUCCUGAACAUGUCCCGGAAGGAUCCCUGCCAGAAACAAGCCUGUGAAAUACAGAAAUGCUUGCAAGAGAACAACUACCUGGAGUCCAAGUGUGAAGCUGUGCUUCAGGAGAUGCGGAAAUGCUGUGCUCGGUACCCCAAGGGCAGAUCCGUCUGUUGUUCAGGGUUUGAGAGAGAAGAAAGGGAGAGAGAAAAGGUUAAGUUGACUUCAGAAGGAAUUUCCCCGCCACCUCAGUAACACAAUGGAGCUCCAGCAGGUGCUGGAGCAUGGACUCACUUGAAGAGCUCGUGUGUGUUUUUUCAAGCCUUCUUUAGACUUUCAGAAAAGCCAGAUUGCUCCUGGAACACACUGUUCAGCACACCAAAAAGCAUAACACAGUACCAACAUAUGGCCUGGUUAACAAACUUUAUUUUCUGUACGAAAACAUAAUCUAUGUUGCCUCUGCAUCACACCUGUGAAAUGUCAACUUGAUGUUUUUAGGAUGCUUACCUUACUCUAAUCCAUCCUUGCUCUAAAAAUGAAGAAUUGGAACCGAGCUAUUCUGGCUUCUGGAGAGGGAGGUACAGGAAAUGAGCUCAGAAGAGUGAGUUUAAACAUGAAACAAACCCAUCUUGACACAACAAAGGUAUUGCUGCCACCAUGCAGUAGUUCAAGACAACAUUUGCCUGUCCAGUGGUUCAAGCUCAAGAAUGGGAGUCAGGUCUGGUGAUUGUUCCUAAGUCUUGCAUAGAUCAUGAGUGGCUACAAGUCACUUUGCCUAAGUGCCUCACUUUUCCACUGGACAGAGUUGUUUCUUUUGUAUUUGAAUUGCCUACACGCUGCUAUUUGCAUGAUAAAGAUGUUACAGGAGUAUUAUUUCAGGGAUUGCUACAGGGAUAGGAUAUUUUUUUAAAAAAGCAAUAUUCAUUUGAAAGAUUUGACUGUUGAUACAAAAUUUAUAAAUUUAUGUCUAAUUGAACACCUUUAAGCAAUAUGCUUUGAAUCUAAGUCUAGUUAAAACUGCUGAUACCCAAAGGCCUGUCACAGAGCCCUGGGCUAGAUCCAAGAACUGACUUAGGUGCUGCUUACUGAACAAGCAGUUGUAGGCAGUUAUUUUUCACACAGCAUUCCAGACUCACUCCCAAGCCGGCUACGUCUGGACCCCAGGUGAGAUGGCUUUCCAGAAGCUCAUGCAGCAGAAUUUCCUGUGACCUGUAGGAAGAGCUCAUAGACAGGUUCCUGCACCACCCUUCAGAGCUGCCUGUCUCGCUAUCCCCUGUAGCAGGAGUCCAGGCACCCAAGUAUCAGGCUUCCAACCCACUAGCCCUAACUCUGUAUUAGAUCUAGCCGUAAAGGACUUUUGUGCUGUGAUAAAGUACAACUUACUUAUGAAAUAGAGCUUCUAUAAACCACUGAGGUCUAGGCACAAUAGUUGUGUGUAUUGAAGCCUAGAAGAGCAAACCAUCUGUAUUCACUGCUCUGAAAUACCAUGGUACAAAAUAAACGACUGG